CCCCACACUGCUGCACCAGCGUUCUGCCUGCUGAGCCCACUCCGUGACGUCACUUCUCCCCGAGUCCGAGGACCACCCAUCAUGUCGGCAGUUACAGAGGUUCAGAACACCACAACCGAGGCCCUGGCCGCCCUGCUAGACGGGGGUGACGGCGCCCUGGUGACGCUGGUGGCGGGCGAGACGAGGGUGGCGGCUCACAGGGCCGUGUUGGCGGCCGCGAGCCCCGUGUUCGCAGCGAUGUUCGCGCACGACAUGCUGGAGGCCAGCUGCGGCCAGGUGAGCAUCGACGACGUGGAGGGCCCGGUGCUGAGGCUCCUGGUCGCCUACACGUAUACCCUGCAGGCCCCCCAGCUGCCCGACACGGCCGCCCAGCUGCUCUCGGCGGCCGACAAAUACGGCUUGUCGGCCCUGAAGGCUGCCUGCGAGCGGCAGCUGAUCUCGCAGUUGGCCGUCGAGACCGCAGCGGCGACGGCCGUCACGGCAGUGAGGCACUCGUGCCCGGACGCCACCAGGGCUGCCGUCGCCUUCAUAAAGGACCACCUGCAGGUGAUGGCCACGCGGGGCUGGGCGGACGCUGUGCUCGAGUACCCGCAAGAAGUCAUUGAAGUCUGCAGUAUGCUCGGUGAGCCACCUGCACAAGCCAGGAGCCUUUCUGAUGCAGAGCGAGGCAGGAGGCUGAUAGAGGCGGCUCACAAGGGGGCGGUGGAGGAGGUGCGGGCGUUGCUCGCGGCUGGGGCGGACGUGGGGGCGAGGAGCGGGGGCGGGUUCACCGCCCUGCACUGGGCUGCAUGGAGAGGCCACGCGGCUGUGGUGCGGCUGCUGCUCUCUGCGGCGUCCGACCCCAACGCCAGGACUCAGUGUGGGCAGACGCCGCUGCACUACGCGGCAUACUAUGGCCACGCAGAAGCGGCGGCUGCGUUGCUGCAGGCCGGAGCCGACAGGCGGGUGAGGACUACUAAGGGGAGCACCGCCCUGGACUACGCCAGGCAGCGAAACCGGCAGCAGCUCGUCGAGAUGCUAACACAGCAUUAA